GUUUCAUUUUGUGUGUUUAGAAUUUGUUUCUGUAUAGAAUGGCUCUUCUUCUUCCUCUGAUCUUUCUGCUCAAGAUUCAGCGAGUUUUUAGUGCUGAUGAUGAGUGGGGUGUAAAUUACAGCUCUUCAUCCAUCUGUGCACUAAAGGGUUCAACAGUGAUAAUAAACUGCACUUAUAAAUACUCUACUGGACAUCAGAUCAGAAACACGUUCUGGACAAACACUUAUGUUAAAGCAGAACAUGAAGAGUUUCCAGAUCUGUCUAAGGACUCUGAAUACAGUCAGAGGAUUCAGUAUCUGGGAGAUAAACAAAACAACUGCACCAUGAGACUAACUGAUGUGAGACAGACCGAUUCACACAAAUACUAUUUCAGAUUCACUACUCAGAUAGAAAAAGACAAAUGGGUUGGAAAACCUGGAGUGACUCUUAAUAUCACAGAUCUUCAGGUGGAGUCUUCAGGUGAGAGAGUGACAGAGAGACAUUCAGUGACUCUUACAUGUAAAAGCAGAUGCAGUCUGACUGACAGAUCAACAUUCAUCUGGUUUAAAAACACACAGUCAUUAAGUGAGAGAACAGACAGAAACAAUCAACUCAUCCUGCAGUCAGUUACAAGAAAUGAUUCAGGCAACUAUAGCUGUGCUGUACAGGGACAGAACCUCACAUCACCUCAUCAAUAUCUCAAUGUAAUCUGUUUGUUCGAGUUUAUGCACCGCUGUAAGAACCAACAGCUGGAUGACAUCAAAGUACCGUGA